AUGAGUGCUAUUAUCACUUCCUACCAACGAGGACAAGAAUUUGAACGAGAAAUUUAUGAUUUAUUAAGAGAAGUAGGGAUAAUGUGUCACAGUGUCUGUGAGUAUAUUCACAAGUAUUAUGUAUCUGAAGUUACGUUGCCGAUGCUUUACGCCAGGGCCUGUGGUGAUGGUGGUGUGGAUAUUGAUGGUGAGAUUAUAGAAAUCCCAAUUGUAGGUCAAUGUAAAAAUUGGACACAAAGAGUUGGUGUUGAUGGUAAUUCGUGA